GCUGCGCGCCCCUCCCGGGAAGCCCCCCCCUCCCUUGGAUGCUCUUUGAAGUGGGAGAGGGAGGCUGCUGGGGAGGCAGGACGAGAGACAGAGGCAGAGCCCGCACAUCUCUGCACGGGACUUCCUGCACGGUACACCUGGCAGCCAGCUCUCACCCCUUUCUCUGGGAGCUCAACCUGCUGACCCCAGGGCCAGGAUGGAUGACAGACGGCAGCAUUCACGUUGGGCCUGGUCCUUGCUGGCCAUGGCAGUUGUGGCUGGGGGUACAGUGUCUACUGAGGCCUCGGACAACAGCCCCACAUCCAACAGCCUGGAGGGGGGAGCUGAUGCCACUGCCUACUGGUGGGGGGAGUGGACCAAGUGGACGGCAUGCUCCCGCAGUUGCGGGGGUGGAGUAACAUCCCAGGAGCGGCACUGCCUGCAACAGAGGAGGAAGUCUGCCCCAGGCUCAGGCAACAGGACCUGUGUAGGCACAUCCAAGCGGUACCAGCUCUGCAGAGAACAGGAGUGUCCACCGGACGGGAGGAGCUUCCGAGAAGAGCAGUGUGUCUCCUUCAACUCCCGUGUGUACGACGGCCGGACGUACCACUGGAAGCCCCUCUACCCGGAUGACUACAUCCACAUCUCUAGCAAGCCAUGCGACUUACACUGCACCACUGUCGACGGCCAACGGCAGCUCAUGGUCCCAGCCCGGGAUGGCACGUCCUGCAAGCUCACUGACUUGAGAGGGGUUUGCGUGUCUGGAAAAUGUGAGCCCAUCGGCUGUGACGGAAUACUCUUCUCCACCCACACGCUGGACAAGUGCGGUGUCUGCCAGGGGGAUGGGAGCAGCUGCACCCACGUGACCGGCAACUACCGGAAGGCCAACACUCACUUGGGUUACUCCCUGGUGACCCAUAUCCCAGCUGGUGCCCGAGAUAUCCAGAUUGUGGAGAGGAAGAAGUCGGCUGAUGUGCUGGCUCUUGCGGACGAAGCCGGCUUCUACUUUUUCAAUGGCAACUACAAGGUGGACAGCCCCAAGAACUUCAACAUUGCUGGUACCGUGGUCAAGUAUCGCCGGCCCAUGGAUGUCUAUGAGACUGGUAUUGAGUACAUCGUGGCCCAGGGGCCCACCAACCAGGGUCUUAACGUCAUGGUGUGGAAUCAGAAUGGCAAGAGCCCGUCCAUCACCUUUGAGUACACGCUGCUUCAGCCGCCACACACACACCGCCUGCAGCCUGUGUAUUACAGCUUCUCUGAGGCCGCCUCCGAGAGCGCAGAAAGCACCGAGGGCCGGGAGCUGGACAGUGCCCGGCUGCUGGGCUUCAUGCAGCAUAAUGGCUCGCUCUACCACCAGGCCUCCUCGGAGCGGCUGGGCCUGGACAACCGGCUGUUCAGCCCCCCAGGUCCUGAGGUGGAACUGGACCCAAGUAGAGGCCAGGAGACCAAUGAGGUCUGCGAACGGGCCAGCGGCAGGGCCUGUGAGGGGCCUCCCAGGGGCAAGGGCUUCCCAGACCACAAUGCCACUGGGACAGCUCUCUCGGGGGAAAAGGAUGACCAGGAGGUAGAUGCCCGUUUCACCUCCCAGGAGCUCCUCUCGGCCAACGCCAUCUCAGAUCAGCUUUUGGACACAGAUUCUGACUCAAAAGAGUUCUCCCUCAACGAGACCACGAACAGCAUUUUUGCUCAGGAUGCCCCCAGAAACUCCCCAGCAGAGAGCUUGUAUGUGGAUUAUGAGGAGAAUGAGGGGCCUGCUGCCUACCUGAUCAAUGGGUCCUACCUGGAGCUGAGCAGUGACAGGAUCACCAACACCUCCUCUGAGGCCCCGUUCCCCAACACCAGUGCCAGCCUCCCCACCUUGGCCGGGAACAGGACUCACAAGGCGAGGACCAGACCCAAGGCUCGCAAGCAAGGCGUGAGCCCAGCUGACAUGUACCGGUGGAAACUCUCAUCCCACGAGCCCUGCAGUGCCACGUGCAUCACAGGAGUCAUGUCCACAUACGCCAUGUGUGUUCGCUAUGACGGUGUCGAGGUGGAUGACAGCUACUGUGAUGCCCUGACCCGUCCUGAGCCUGUCCAUGAGUUCUGCGCUGGGAGAGAGUGUCAGCCCAGGUGGGAGACCAGCAGCUGGAGCGAGUGCUCACGAACCUGUGGCGAGGGCCACCAGUUCCGCAUCGUGCGCUGCUGGAAGAUGCUGUCCCCUGGCUUCGACAGCUCCGUGUACAGUGACCUGUGCGAGGCCACCGAUGCCGUACGACCCGAGGAACGCAAGACCUGCCGCAACCCGGCCUGCGGGCCGCAGUGGGAGAUGUCAGAGUGGUCAGAGUGCACAGCCAAGUGCGGGGAGCGCAGCACAGUGACCAGGGACAUCCGCUGCUCAGGGGAUGAGAAGCUGUGUGAUCCCGGCACCCGGCCCGUGGGAGAGAAGAGCUGCUCGGGUCCUCCCUGUGACCGCCAGUGGACUGUCUCAGAUUGGGGACCGUGCAGUGGGAGCUGCGGACAGGGCCGCACCAUCAGGCACGUGUACUGUAAGACCAGCGACGGACGGGUGGUCCCUGAGUCUCAGUGCCAGACAGAGACCAAACCCCUGGCUAUCCACCCCUGUGGAGACAAGAACUGUCCAGCACAUUGGUUGGCCCAGGACUGGGAGCGGUGCAACACCACCUGCGGGCGUGGUGUGAAGAAGCGGCUGGUCCUCUGCAUGGAGCUGGCCAACGGGAAGCCGCAGACGCGCAGUGGCCCCGAGUGUGGGCUGGCCAGGAAGCCCCCUGAGGAGAGUACGUGCUUCGAGAGACCCUGCUUCAAGUGGUACACCAGCCCCUGGUCGGAGUGCACCAAGACAUGUGGAGUGGGCGUGAGGAUGAGAGAUGUGAAGUGCUAUCAGGGAACUGACAUCGUCCGUGGCUGUGACCCGCUGGUGAAGCCUGUUGGCAGACAGGCCUGUGACCUGCAGCCUUGCCCCACAGAGCCCCCAGAUGGAGCCACCCUGCUGUGGGAAGCUGUACCUGAAGUCCGGGAUCCUGUGUUUGCACCCACCCCAGAGGGCCCAGAGACCAGAGCCCAGUGUAGGCAACACCUGCCCACCUUCCAGACCCUUCUCUUAGGUGGAGCCCUCUCAAGGUGACUUGUAGAUGAUCCAGGAAGGAGAGGACUUCUCUCCCUUGGUUACCUUGGAUGAAGAGGGGCCUGGGGUCAGCUGAGGAAUCCAAGCUGCCCCAUCCCUGGAGAUACCAACGGUACCCCUUCCCAAAGUACCAGCGCCACUGUGCCUCCGUUCCUGGAGCUCCUGUGCUGGACGGGAGGGACAGGCCUCGUUCUCUCAAUGUCCCUGUCGUCGUCCUCAGUAUUCACUGGUGUAUGUUAAUAAAGUGGCUGUA